AUGGCCCGAGUACCACUUGAUGCAACCUGGCUCUAUCCUUUGAAGGGCAUCUUUUAUUUCGUCCGACACCCUUACCUGUAUCCUCUCUUUCGAGCACGCCUAAUACCUAUCCUUCUUCUAUCCGCCUUCAUCUACGCCAAUCUAUUCAUCUGGACGUAUCUGCCACAAGUCGCACUGCUUGCAGUCUUCCAUCAUGCCGGAGCAUGGGUGAAUGCGACUUUUCUGGUCUUGUCAGAGGGGACCGCAAUUGUCGCCUUGCUUUUUGAAGCCUUCUUUGUGGACGAGACUCUUGUCGACGUGUUUGAUGCUGUGCUUAUCGAUCAGGGUCUCUCGGACCUGGUCCAAGAAGGACGCCUGCUGGACACCGAUGCUCCCAAUUCGGUCAAAAUGCUUGGGAAGCCCACAGUAACAGCUAUCUACAGUCCCUUCAACCUUCGCCAAAUUUUAGAAUUCAUCGUACUGAUUCCGGUGAACUUGAUUCCGAUCAUUGGCGUGCCGAUCUUUCUCAUUCUCACUGGAUAUCGAGCUGGACCGUUCCAUGGCUGGAGGUAUUUCAAACUUCGUGGGUUUUCUAAAAAGGAACGAAACGAAUACAUCGCACAACGCAAGCUCAAAUACACGUGGUUUGGAAUCGUAGCUCUAUCUUUGCAACUGGUUCCUGUCUUGAGCAUGUUUUUCUUGCUUACAACCGCGGCUGGAAGUGCUCUAUGGACAGCGAAGAUGGAAAAGGCUCGUCGGAGCCGGGAAGCAGUCGCUGCUGCCCCAAAUGGACAGUACAGAGACGAUCCAGCUUAG